GAUGAUCAAACUUUAUCAGUGAAGAUGGAGAACUGGAGAGGCUUCGAGAGUAGUGAUGAUGGUGGUGGCCUGGUUAGGGGAAAGAAAGUAAACUAUUUGGUGUGGGAGGAUGUAACAGUGAUGGAUGGUUCAUCAAACAAGUUGCUAAGUGGACUUAGUGGGUAUGCACAAACUGAUCGAAUCAUGGCCAUAAUGGGUCCUUCUGGCUCAGGCAAAUCUACCCUACUUGAUGCUUUCGCUGGAAGGCUCUCUGGAAAUCUCUGGAUUACUGGGAAUGUUCUAUUGGAUGGGAGAAAGAGGAGAAAAAAUGACACAGAUAUUUCUUAUGUCACUCAACAAGAUGUCUUCUUGGGAACUCUCACAGUCAAAGAAACCCUAACUUACUCUGCCCAUCUGAGGCUUCCUUCCACAAUGACAAUGAAGGAGAGGAACAAGGUUGUUGAAGAUACCAUAACCAAGAUGGGUCUUGAAUACUGUGCUGAUACUAGGAUUGGAAACUGGAGUUCCAGAGGCAUAAGCAGUGGCGAGAAGAGGAGGCUGAGCAUAAGUGUCCACAUACUAACGCGGCCGCGAGUCUUGUUCCUGGAUGAACCCACCACUGGCCUGGACAGUGCUGCAGCUUUCUUUGUGAUUUGUACUCUGAGAAACAUUGCUUGCGAUGGAACUAUCGUCGUUUGCUCCAUUCAUCAACCGAGCAUCGAUGUCUUCCAACUGUUUGAUGAUUUGUUUCUCCUGGCAAGUGGAGAAACUGUGUAUUUGGGGGAGGCAGAGGCAGCUCUAGAGUUCUUUGCAGAAGCAGGGUUUCCUUGUCCGGUAAAAAGAGAUCCUGCUGAUCAUUUCCUUCGAUGUAUAACAUCCCACUUCAACAAAAUAAUUGCAACUCUGAAGCAAGUAAACAAAGAUACUGGCGGUCCGAGCACAUCAGAUACUUCACAGCCUAUGACAACAGCAGAGAUCAAAGCAAUACUGAUAGAUAACUACAAGUUUUCCAAGAAUGCAACAGAUGCAAGAAAAAUGAUUCAACAAAUAUAUAUCACUGAAGAAGAUGACAGUGAAUCAAACAAUAUUAGCUACCCCAGCUGGUGGAGACAGCUAUGGACAUUGACAUGCCGUUCUUCCAUGAACAUGUCAAGAGAUAUUGGGUACUAUUGGUUACGUAUGGCUUUCUAUGUACUCGUAUCGAUAUCUGCAGGGACUUUGGAGUUUGACGUAGGGACAGGAAGCCAAGCACUUGCUUCGAGAGGGAGGAGCUGCGGGUUUAUCUUCGGCAUCAUGAUCUGCUUAUCAAUUGGGGGAUUACCAUUCUUCACAGAGGAAAUAAGGGUUUUCACUCGCGAAAGGUUUUCCGGGGACUAUGGAGAGGCUGUCUAUGUAGUAUCCAACUUCAUCUCAUCAUUGCCUUUCGUGGUUGCCAUAUCUCUCUCUUCAGCAACAAUACUAAACUAUAUGGUGAAGUUUCAUCCAGGUUUCUCUCACUACUUGUAUUUCUGUAUCGUUCUCUUCUGCAGCAUUGCCAUUACAGAGGCCUGUAAUUUGGUAAUUGCUGCACUAAUACACAAUCCUCUAUUGGCAGCCGGAAUUUCAGCCAGCUAUGGUGCUUUCAUGAUGAUGGCAUCUAAUGUUUUCAGACCAGUUUCUGAACUUCCUAAGAUAUUUUGGCGCUACCCAGUUUCAUACAUCAGCCAUACCCAAUGGGCAGUACAGGGUCAGUUCAAGAAUGACAUGAUUGGACUUCAAUUCGACCCUCCAGUGCCUGGACUACCAAAGCUUCAAGGGGAAACAAUUCUCCAGAAUUCCUUGGGGAUUAACCCAAAUAUUUCAAAGUGGUGGGAUGUCAUGGCUCUCUUAGCUGAGAUAAUAUGCUACAAAUUACUCUUCUACAUGGCACUACGGUACAAGGAAAGGGUGUCAUCACUAUUUCAUAGCUUAUGUGCCAAGAAAACUAUCCUACAACCUGCUCAAAGACCUUCCUCCAGUAGGGAGUGAAUCACCUUCUCAUUGGGAUGCCAUGCUAGAAACCGGGCAUAUUUAAUUAAAUUAAACUAAAUUCACUAGAAUUGGAGCAAUUCAGUUCAUUCACUAUCAAAUCACUAGAUCAUUCACUAUCAAAUCACUAGAAUUGGAGCAAUUCAGUUCAUUCACUAUCAAAUCAUAGCAUAUGUAUGUUGCCUUAUCAUCCAAUUUUGGAGGAGACAGUUUCAAUAAAAUAAAUGCAACACAGGCAUCUGUGUACU